AUUCUAUUCCAGCGAGAUUCGCCACCCUGAUUCUCGGAGUCGGCGUGAAAAGUUAAGGUUAGGGAACACUCUCCGAAGUCCAAACGAGAUCCCUACUCCUGGUUUUAACGCUCCCCACCAGGCGUUUUCCCUUUCAGUUACCUAGUGCGGCUGUUGCUUGUGGUCUCACUUGGUCAGGGGUGCUUGACCAGACCGGCGAUCGUUUCUGGGGGAGUGCACAAGAAAAGCAAUGAGGCCUCGGAUCGUUCUAUUCGGAGAUUCUCUCACCGAGCAAUCCUUCAGGCCUGGCGGAUGGGGGGCGUCCCUCGCAGACGCCUAUUCUCGCAAGGCAGACAUAGUUGUUCGAGGUUAUGGUGGGUAUAACAGUAGAUGGGCUCUCUUCCUGCUUGAUCGCUUGUUUCCUCUUGGAUCUGAGGAUCCUCCAGUUGCUGCCACUGUGUUUUUUGGAGCCAAUGAUGCAGCACUCUUGGGAAGAAGCAAUGAAAGACAACAUGUGCCAAUUUUGGAAUACAAAGAAAACCUUAGGAAGAUUGUUUGUCAUCUGAAGAAAUUAUCACCUACUAUGCUAGUGCUGCUGAUAACUCCUCCUCCAGUUGAUGAGAUUGGCAGGAGAGCAUAUGCAAGAUCCAUAUAUGGAGAGAAUGCUUCAGAGUUGUCUGAGAGGACAAAUGAAAUGACAGGAGUUUAUGCUCACCGGUGUGUAGAACUUGCUACCGAGAUGGGUGUCUCCUGUGUGAAUAUAUGGUCUAAGAUGCAGGAGACGGCAGGGUGGCAGAAAUUUUUAAGUGAUGGACUACAUUUCACGGCAGAAGGCAAUGCUGUAUUGUAUGAAGAGGUCAUCAAGGUGCUUUUUGCUGGGGGUCUCUGUGAACCAAAAAUGCCAUAUGAUUUUCCUCAUCAUUCAGAGGUUGAUCCACAAGAUCCUAAGAAGUCAUUCAGCUAGAAUGGCAUCUCAUCUUUUUACUGAGUAUAUGAUUGACUGCGGAUACAUCUUAAGUAGCUCCAUUGAGUUACAUUUAUUCAGUAUUUUUCCUGUAUAUGGUUGAUUUUUAUGUUAGUUAUGGGAAAAAGGGUUACAGUGCUA